AUGGGCACCGUUGCACCGCCUUGCGCGCAGUUGUUGGCAGCGCUGGAUGUCCUGCAGCCGUCGACGGCAGGGGCGGGCAUCGACGACGCCACGGAGGACAUCCUGCGCGGAAUCAUGUCCGCCCACGUCGUCGGCGGCGUCCGCAGGUACUCGUCGUUCCGGGACGGCCUCGUGCUCACCACCUUUGGGGGCGACACCCUCACGCUGUACCUCCAACCAGGCAAGACGCCGCCCGACGACGUGGCCCGCUCCGCCGACCCUGGUCGCACCGCCAGUGCCCGCCACGCCACUGCGCCACCCCGCCCCCCGCAGGCCGGACGCUCGUCUCCUCCGAGACAGGGAACUUCGUGA